CUACUCUCCACGAGAAGCACACUUGUUUUUUGUUUAUAUCACCGCACCAACCGCUAAUAUCUUUACACGUGUCAAAUCUUUUGCUUAAGGCUAAUUAUGCACAGCCUUCUUUCUCCCGUUUUAUCCAAUACUAUAACGACAUGUCAUUCUCAAUGACAAAUGUAUCUGACGUGUCGGUUACCUAUUGGAUUACGUGGCUGCAGAUUUACACGACGUAGCCUAAAAUAAAAUCCAUGAGAGCAAAGCUCACUUGCUAGCUCCUCUCCUCGCGGUAUAUAUAAGCUCCAGGUCUUGUACAUCUUCAUCAUCUGAUCUCGGGGAAGCUCCGAUCUGAGUUUUUUUUAGCAAUGGCGAAAAUGAUUCCUAGCCUCGUCUCUCUAAUUCUUAUCGGUCUUGUUGCGAUCGCCUCCGCCGCAGUUAUUUUCGAGGAGCGCUUUGAUGAUGGCUGGGAGAACAGAUGGGUUAAAUCUGAGUGGAAGAAGGAUGAUAACACUGCUGGGGAGUGGAAGCACACUGCGGGAAAUUGGUCUGGUGACGCUAACGAUAAAGGUAUCCAGACCAGUGAAGACUACAGAUUCUACGCCAUUUCAGCUGAGUUCCCUGAAUUCAGUAACAAGGACAAGACCUUAGUCUUCCAAUUCUCAGUCAAGCACGAGCAAAAGCUUGACUGCGGUGGUGGCUACAUGAAGCUACUAAGUGGUGAUGUUGACCAAAAGAAAUUUGGUGGAGACACACCAUACAGUAUCAUGUUUGGUCCUGAUAUCUGUGGCUACAGCACAAAGAAAGUGCAUGCUAUCCUUACCUAUAAUGAAGCCAACCACCUGAUCAAGAAAGAUGUUCCAUGUGAAACUGACCAGCUCACCCAUGUGUACACAUUUAUCCUCCGCCCAGAUGCUACUUACAGCAUUCUCAUCGACAAUGUUGAGAAACAAACUGGUAGCCUUUACUCUGACUGGGAUCUUCUCCCACCCAAGAAGAUCAAGGACCCCAGCGCCAAGAAGCCUGAGGACUGGGACGAACAAGAAUACAUUUCUGACCCUGAAGACAAGAAACCUGACGGUUACGAUGAUAUCCCUAAGGAGAUCCCAGACACCGACUCAAAGAAGCCUGAGGACUGGGAUGAUGAAGAAGAUGGUGAGUGGACUGCCCCAACAAUCCCCAACCCUGAGUACAUGGGUGAAUGGAAGCCUAAGCAAAUCAAGAACCCCAACUACAAGGGCAAGUGGGAGGCUCCAUUGAUUGACAACCCUGACUUCAAGGAUGACCCAGAGCUCUACGUCUUCCCCAAGCUGAAAUAUGUUGGACUCGAAUUGUGGCAGGUGAAAUCAGGAUCAUUGUUCGACAAUGUCUUGAUCUGCGAUGACCCAGACUAUGCCAAGAAGUUGGCAGAUGAAACAUGGGGAAAGCUCAAGGAUGCGGAGAAAGCAGCUUUCGAUGAGGCUGAGAAGAAGAAUGAGGAAGAGGAAUCCAAGGACGCACCUGCGGAAUCUGAUGCUGAAGACGAACCAGAGGAUGAUGAAGGAGGAGAUGAUUCCGAUUCUGAAUCUAAGGCCGAGGAGACCAAAUCAGUAGAUAGCGAGGAAACCUCUGAGAAAGACGCCACCGCUCAUGAUGAGCUAUAGGUGAAAGGUUGAAGAUUUGAAGACCAAAGUUUUCAGUCUCUUUAUUGUUUUAUCGUUUUCUUUUGAAGUAUUUUAGCAUCUAGUUUGUCGGAGAUAGAAACAAGUUUUAGCAAAACUAAAAGGGGGAUACAAUGUCUGUCAGAUGCUCAUUUUAGACUUUAAAAAACCAUGAAGAAGUUUUGCAGUUGCUUCUCUUUCUCUACUCUUGUUUCUCUGCUAAGCCAAUGUCCGCCAAAAUCGGAUUCUGGUGUAUUCGUUCACUGCUCCCCACCCUUUGAGAAUUUGUUGUUAGUCUCUUGUCAGUCAAUACAGACCACCAAGUCCAUAAUCCAACAGUCCAACGUCCCUGCAAGUUGAUUGAUACUAGAGUAGUAGUAAUGUAGAAUGUCUUUCACUUUCCAAACAAUUUCCACAUUGUCUAUACACUUAUACUGGGUUCACUUCCAUUGUGAAGACAGAUGUUGAGAUAACAAAAAUUAUAUAGAGAUAAUUGUACCCCAACCACAGAUGCUUAGAACGCUAGAGAACGAAUGCAGUGCAAUCUUUGUUUUACCUUAACCUUAGACAGCAAUAUUUUAA